ACCUAUUUCAGACACAACAGUAGCAGAAACACCUGUCGUUUCUGAGACAACAACAUCAGGACCAUCUCCUGCCACCAGCACCACAUCAGCAGAAACAUUACCUGUAACUGACACAACAGUAGCAGAAACAUCUAGUGUUACUGACACAACAGUAGCGGAAACAUCUCACACCACAGUCGACACAUCUACCUCUACUGAAACACCACCAGUGGAAACAUCUUCUGUAACAUCUACAACUACUGUAACAACUAUGGCAACAUCUACUUUAAGAGACACAACAACAGUAGAAAUUGUGACUGAAACAACAGCAACAUCUCCUGUAACAGAUUUAUCGAGCACAGAACCUUCAACUACAAGAACGGAAAGCACCAUUUCAACAACUACAACGACUACAACACCGAGUACCACUGCAACCACAAGUUCAACCACAACUACAACGAGAACUACAACCACAACUAUAAAAAAUCCCUGCCAGAAUGGGGCUGAAUAUGACGGAAUUAAAUGUAUUUGUCCCGACCAUUUGUAUGGGACAUAUUGUGAGUUAUUCACCAACAGAGUCGAGAUUGGUAAAAUCGUUAACACCACAGUUAAAGUAGAACUCAAAAUCAGCAACAGAAAUUAUGAAGAGCUGAAAGAUGAAUCAUCUGACAAAUACAAGGGCUUUGAAAAGGAUUUCAAGGAAGAGAUGCGACUUGUAUAUAAAGAUGUCAAGGGUUACAAAGAUGUGAACAUCACAGCAGUGAAGCCAGGCGCUGGUGGCACACGCUAUAAAACAAAAGUGAGAAGAAACCUGGUAGAAGGCUGGAUUCGGGACAUUGAAUGUGGCGAUUCCAACUGUGAGGCAGGAAACAGAGCAGUGAAAGGAGGACACAAACACGACAAGCCAUAUUCGGAAGAUCUGCUUGAUGUCAAGAAUGUAAGAGAGGCACAUCGUGGUGUUCAUAAAUCCAGAGACACAAUGACCAGGUCCGAGAAUGCCGGAAUCAUUGUGGAACAUGAGGUCAUUAUAGAAACCCAAUAUGAAGAAGAUAAAAAUGUGACUGUUAAGUAUGAAGAGAUAUUUCAGCAGAUUGAAGAAAAACUUGAAAGUGUAAAUGCCACCGAUAACUGCGACUCCAAUGCAUCUCUGUGUUUCACUCCCGGAUCCAUCAAACCUAACAAAGUUACCCCUCCAAGUGAAAAAGAAAUGUGCCAACGUGUUUUUGGAGAACUCGGAGAAUAUUACUACCCGGAUUUUUCGUCUACUGGCUUAUCCUGUAUAUCUAUAUGUGACACAAAAUUAGAUGGUUAUUACAAUUGUAACGAAGGCACAUGUCAGCUCAAACAAACCGGGCCUCAAUGCUAUUGCCCAGAUACAGACAAAUACAUUUACGGCAACAGUCGAUGCCAGGGCCGUAUAUUAAAGGCUGGUUUGUAUGGCGGUGUUGGAGGAGCCAUUGGUUUCAUCUUCAUCCUUAUAAUCGCCAUCGUGACAUUAUUCCAUCUAAGACGAAAGAAAAGAGACAGGAAAGCAGAUGCUUUUAGCAAGGAUGAGGAUACAUGGUAUGAAGAAGCUAGCGACGAGGAAUGGAAAACCCAACAAGGAUUCAGAAACUUGAAUGGUGGUGAAGUCGGGGGCGAAGAUAAUUCAAAAAGUAGUUCUUUUUCCGGUAAAGAAUACUUCAAACCCACAUUGGCAAAUGUAGACACAACCAUCCAGGUGAAGAUACAACGACCAACAAUUUCUUCUAUUUGAAUGGGCGCCCACAACACUUCCCUUUGAAAAUCGAGGCCAGAUAUAAAUCUAAAAAUGAUCAAAGGCCAGGAAAUAAAAGUUGAGGCUGGUUAUUCCUGUUUCUAAAGAACGAGAAGAAUUUGUAAUGACGGUGGGUCUUCUCUGUAUCACCUAGAUUGAAAGGAUGAUUGUAUCACAAACCAAGUUCUCACCUUUCUUUAGGGUCUCUAACAGCCUUACUGCUGUGUAUCUAUUUAGUUGACACAUACAUUGAUAUAACAUUAUUGGACCCAUUAAAAAUUGGGUCAUAAGGAGCUUCCAUUUCCUUUCGCUAACCAUGAAGAUAAGACAAGAACAUAUCACUGACCUCACAAAGUUCCUUGGAUACGAUACCUCUUGGCCACCUAGGGAGGUCGCAUCAGAAGUGCCAUUAACUUUGUGUCUCUGUAUAGUACACAGUCUCUCUUUCACCAAUGGCGGGUCUUCGACAUUCUUAUUCUUUAUUUGCACUGAUACAGCUUGAUUAUUCGUAUUUGUAUUUAUGAUUUUCUGUAGUUAAAAUCACUAUAAUGUAUUUCAUUUGAAUAUUUUUAUAUUAAACUCUGAAAAAAAAUUUGAAGUGUUGAUUAGGAAAUCCUAUAUAAUGAAUAUUUCAAUACACUACUAUAGAUAUACUAGUA